AUGGUAAAUUGGAGGAAGAAAUUUACAUGCAACAACCAGAAGGUUACGAUGAUGGCACAGGCCGUGUUGCAGAUUGCUUCGAAGCUUGUAUGGAUUGAAGCAAGCAGCAAAAUGUUGAGUAGUGAUGAUCGUUGUUUGUAUUUUAAUGAAAAUUUAAUCGCUUUAUUUCAUGUGGAUUAUGGAUUGAUCAUCGGACCUGGUGAAACAGUUCAUAAUUACACAAAACCAUUACAUGAAGACUUUGAUAUGGUAGUAGGUGAAGUGGAUUGUUAUCUUGACUUGCAAGUCCAAAGAUUUAAUGAUUGUAUGAAGAUUAAUCAGACUGCAUAUGUGAAAAGAGUGUUAGCCAGCUAUCAUAUGACUGAUGCAAAGCCAAUAUCAUUACCAAUUGAACCUGGAUGGAUACCUGGUAAUUCACCACCAGCUACCGAUAUCGACACUUACCGAGAAAUUAUAGGCAGUCUCGCAUAUUUAACAUUGUGGACACGUCCAGAUCUAGCUUAUGCUGUAAAUAUUGCUUCAAGAGCACAAUAUUCGCCUACUGAAGCACACCUAAAAUUGAUUGAACGAAUUAUUCGCUAUUUGAAGGGUACUAUAAAUGAUGGAAAAUGA